AUGUUUACCCUAUUAUUCACAUAUAUAUUUUCCUUCCUUCUUCAAAACAUCCACGCAGAUCUUGGUCAACAACAAGUCGAAAAUCCUACCAAAUUCCACUUCGAAACCACUGUAUCUUGCGAUUAUUUUCCUCAAAAUCAAACUUGGUGUUCACAGAUUUUUCAUCUAGAAGAGGAUCUUAUCAAUUAUGAUGAUUUUGGAGUAUCGAAGAUGGUUUGUUUUAAUGGAAGUUAUUAUAAUUUAUUUGAAAAUCGUGUCGAGAAGUCAAGCUUGACAUGGGUGAGUUAGGCGAAGUCAGAUAUUAAAGCUUUCAAAAACAUUUCAGAAUUUCGAAAUUGUGAUUGGUGUUCGUCACAAUUGCACAGAUUCUGGACAAAUUCUUGAAGAAAUUAUUCAUAAGGAUGAUUAUCGGAAAAAAAGUGAUGGAAAAUAUGAAAUUCAAAAAGUUGUAGCUAUAAAUGGGAUUGGCAGUGCUGGUCAAGAUGGAUGGAAUGAAUAUAUGUUCAAAGGUUCGAAAGUUGUGAGUCCUAAUUGUGUCAUACCGUUUUGUUGAUAUUUUUGGGAUGAAUGAAUAUGUAUCAAGUGCGCUCUAUUGACAUCUGGAUCUUUGUUGUGUUUCUCAAUUUUCUUUUGAAAAAUGGUGUUUUCAUUUUUAAAUUUUUUUUUAGAUUUUUUCACUAAAAUUUCGAACCUUCAAUUUUCAUGAGCGAUUUUUUGUCCUGAUUUUCAGUCUUGUCCGAUGAUUUUGAUAAAUUGGUGAUAAUAUAUGAUAAGAGCUUCUAUGGAUGAAGCUGGAGCUCUAAACUCAUUAAAAAUGUGUUUUAUUAAUUCCAAAUAUCAUUUUCCCCGAGUUUCAGCUCAAUCUGAACAUAUUGAUAAUUCAGUGAUAAUAUGUGAUAAGAGCUUCUUGGAUGAAGCAGGAGCUCUAAACUUAUCAAAAAUGUCAUCUACUAUCACCAAACAUCAUCUUCUGUAA